AUGUCAAUGGUUGAUUAUAAAGUAACAUAUACAAAUCACAAAGAAUUUUCAAAAUUAAAUAAAUCAACAGUUCGAAUAUUUACAAAUAUUUCAAAUAAAUUAUUUAAAUUACCAAAAGAAGAAGGUUAUCAUUUUUGUGAAAUUUGUCAACGUUUUGUUUGUAAAGAAAAUAAACAUUGCUUCAAAUGUGGAUAUUGUACAUCUUUGGAUGGAGGCUUAUACAAACAUUGUAAUUAUUGCAGCAAAUGUGUAAAAAGAAAAUAUAUUCAUUGCAAAAAGUGUUUUAAAUGUCAUUUAAAAGAACGUUGUUGUAUUUUUAAAAAUGAUUAA